ACCCGGCGACGCACUUCCUCGACCCGCCCUAAGAUGGCGGCGGCUGAGGUGGACUUCGGCGACAGCGAGCUCUUCGAGCAGUUGGACGCCGACGAGGCCGCCGCGACGCCCGCGCAGCCGCUUCACAUCCGCUUCGACGAGGAGACCGAGGAGCUGCGCGAGCGGCUGAGGGAGUGCCAGGAGACCGUGGCGGAGCUGCAGGCCGAGAAUCGUGAACUCAGAAGAAAACUGAAAAUACUGACACGACCAAGUGGACUUACAGUGGAUGACUCUAAACGUGAUGGGCCUUUGUUACAGAUUUUAUUUAUGAACAAUACUAUUUCUAAGCAAUAUCAUCAAGAAAUAGAGGAUUUUAUUUCUAGUUUAGUUCAAAGAUAUGAGGAGCAACAGAGAGCUGAACCUGAGAAGACGUACUUCAAUGUUAAGCCACAGCCUUCUAGUUUUGUUCUGGAAGAUGACCAUAAAGUGACCAUCCCAAAUCCAUCCAAAAAAAUGAAGGAAGCUUUUAGCGUUAUAGGGAGUGUAUUCUAUUUUACCAAUUUUUGUCUUGAUAAACUGGGGCAGCCUAUAUUAAAUGAAAAUCCUCAGCUCACAGACGGAUGGGAAAUACCCAAAUACCAGCAAGUUUUCACACAGAUUCUUUCUCUAGAUGGACAAGAGAUACAAGUGAAGCCCAAAAGGCCAAAACCUCACUGCUUCAACUGCGGGUUUGAAGAUCAUCAAAUGAAAGAUUGUCCACAGCCACGAAAUGCUGCCCGUAUAAAUGAAAAAAGAAAGCAGUUCAUGGAGGCUUGUGGGGAAGCGAGCAACCAAACCUUCCAGCAGCGAUACCACGCUGAAGAGAUUGAAGAAAGGUUUGGGAGGUUCAGACCAGGAAUAAUUAGUGAGGAACUUCAGGAUGCACUUGGGGUCACAGAGAAGACUCUUCCUCCCUUCAUAUAUCGGAUGCGGCAGCUGGGUUAUCCCCCAGGUUGGCUCAAAGAGGCUGAAAUGGAGAAAUCUGGGCUAACUCUCUAUGAUGGGAAAGGUGAAAUGAAUGCAUCUCCUGUUGGUGACACAGAGGAGGAAGAAUACUACCAACAGAACCGGUGUGUCACUUACGAUGUCUCCAAGCUAGUAAACUAUCCAGGUUUUAAUAUAUCCUCACCAAGUGGAGUCACAGAUGAGUGGCGGAUGUUUGGCUCUAUACCCAUGCAACCAUCUCAGCAGAAAGAUAUCUUUGCCCACUAUCUUUCUACCUAUCGUUCGGGGGGUCCAAAGUCCAGCCAUAAAAGGCCUUCACCUCAACAGAGCGUCCAUGAUCCAAAAAGACAGAAGAGAAGCAAUAUUGAAGUCUCACCAGCUGAUAUGGAGAUGGAUUCUGAUUUAGAAGCACUGCAGGAUUCCCCGGGUUAUAGUGACUUCCGGUUCCAGCCUCCGCUGCCCCCUGGAUCUCCAAUGAAUGCGACUCCUCCUCCUUUGCCCCGAGGUACCCCUCCCUGCACUCCCCCCAACUUUACCCCACCUCAGCCACCUCCAUCUACUCCACCGCCUCUUCCCCCAGGUACGCCACCUUCAAAUACUCCCAAUGAUUCUGCUUCAGUGAGACUAGAGGAUGAAGACACUUUGACCCUGGAAGAACUUGAGGAGCAGCAGCGCCUGAUUUGGGCAGCCCUCGAACAGGCAGACAGUGCAAACAGUGACUCUGAAAUACCCGCCGGGACUCCUUUAACAGGGAACUCCAUUGCAUCGUCUCCACUUAGAACUGAGUCAGAGAUUCUUCCAGAAGACACAACAUGUAAGACGUUGGAUGAAUCUGGGCCUGGACCUUCGGAUGAUCCUGAGGUGAUAAUCAUAGCAGAACAGCCCGGAGGGAAACAGAGUUCAGCUGAUGAAAUGGUUGACUUAACAGGAGAAGAAGAAGAAGAAGAACCGCCCAGCCAGAUGGAUUCCGAAGAAGGCGUAGCUGAGAACUGCCCCUCCAUCUCUGUGAGUGAAAUCAGCCAAGGGGAAGAUGGCGACAGCUCUCCCGCGGUCACCAGAACGCAAGGGUCUUCUAAGAAUGCGAGCCCCAUCCCUGACAUGAGCAAGUUUGCUGCAGGGAUAACACCUUUUGAAUUUGAAAACAUGGCUGAAUCGACUGGGAUUUACCUCCGAAUAAGAAGCGUGUUGAAGAACUCGCCUAGGAACCAGCAGAAGAGCAAGAAGCCUUCCCUUUAAUUGCCCUGUCCGUUCGGCAGAGCUGUAGAGGCAAGAAACCGAGUUUGUCCUUGAACACGUGAUCCCGCUCUGUAUUUUUCUUGCAGACACCUAAGAACACUACAGCUUUGUUCUUCCAUCCACGGUUUUUCAAAGGCCAGCAUACAGGGCUUCGUCUGGGGACAAAAGCUUCCACUCGUAGAUGAAAGAGUUAGUCAACACGUGUUGCAUUCGCUGAUGCGUCAGGAAAUGUGCUCCAAAUAUGUUUCUCUUCAUGCUCUCCUUUGACUUGUGAGUUUCAGCAGCAACAGUGGGGUUUUUUUGUCUGUGCUGUGUAAACAAAAGGCUAUGCUUUUCAUUCUGGGCUACUCAUCCUGUAGAUAAGCUUUGCCUGCCAGUGGUUUUGAAAAGGCCCUAAACUUUUUUAAGAUGCUUUUUUCCCAUUUUAAAACAAGAAAGAAAUUCUGGCAAUCGACUGGGAAUAAUCAGGGAUUACUCGGCAAUUAUCUCUACCAUUUUGGAAGAGUUUUAUAAAUAACUUAGGCUGGUCAGAUUUUUUUUUUUUUUUUAGUGCCACUUCUGCAUUUUGUAACAUCGUCAGAUAUUUUGAACUCGCUGUACAUUUAUGUUGAUGCCAGUGUACAGAGGUUUAAUAAACCAGCUUUUUUUUCGUAA